AUGUCAGUUCCCCUACGACCGAUGUUUGCCUUCAUAACUGCGCUGACCGUGACUCUCACUUUUACGCAGAGUCUCUUUGUCAGAGAAAGCUCCGAGAGCAUCGCCAGGCUUGCGCAGUGUCCUGAGGAUAUAAUGAUCUACCGUGAUGUUAAUGGUACAGUACAACGCAGCAUCGAAGGAAUAGCGCAAAAGCACGCCUACUCCCCUGUUCUGGCACGCAGUUGCGAACUUAUUAACAUCAUCAAAGAGUACAUAUCUGUGUUCGAAAAAAGCAACGCCGACGCGGGCCUCGUAAGCUUCGUGGAGACGUUGAACCAAAGGGGUCUAAAAGUAUACAAAAAGAGCUAUUCUGAGCCUCCUCGUGAAGGUAUAAUGGUUUCCCGUGAUGUGAUCGAUUGCUUCUGGGGUGGGAAUGGCGAUACUUGGGUAAGUCGUCAAAGGUUCAAAUAA